AUGUCUUUCACAGGAACUCUCGACAAAUGCAAUGCUUGCGAUAAGACAGUCUAUGUGGUGGAUAUGUUGUCCAUUGAAGGAAUGCCUUACCACAAGUCUUGCUUCAGAUGCACCCAUUGCAAUGGAACCCUUGUGAUGAGCAACUAUUCCUCCAUGGACGGAGUCUUGUACUGCAAGACUCAUUUUGAGCAACUCUUCAAGGAAUCUGGCAAUUUCAGCAAAAAUUUUCAACCAGGAAAAACUGAGAAGCCAGAGCUGACUAAGACUCCGAGCAAGAUAUCUUCCAUCUUCUGUGGAACACAAGACAAAUGUGCAGCUUGUGAGAAAACUGUUUACCCUCUUGAAAAGGUGCAAAUGGAAGGAGAAUGCUUCCACAAGACAUGUUUCCGGUGCGCUCACGGUGGCUGCACGCUGACUCACUCCUCGUACGCCUCCCUAGACGGCGUCCUCUAUUGCCGGCAUCACUUUAACCAACUCUUCCUCGAGAAAGGCAACUACGCUCACGUCCUCCAAGCCGCCAACCACCGUCGCACCGCCUCAGGCAACACUCUUCCGCCGGAGCCCACCGAAGACAUCGCCGUCGAGCCCAAGGAGGAGAACGGCGUUUCACAGUCUUGAAAUGUCUCUUCGCUGAGUUGUGAGUGCAUGGUUGAAUUGAAUGAAUGUUGCGGCGAUAUAAUUUGAUUUCAUUUGUAACGAGUUGUUUCCAUAUGAAGACACUUUUUUUUUUUUUUUGGAUUUGUUCGUUACACAUUUCACUUUUUCUACUUAUUAUAACACACGAAGAAAA